AUGAACAGGGGCGGUUUGGCACCCGUCGCGCCCGGCGAAGACCCGCACUCGGCGUGGAAGCGGGCAUUGGAGACAAACGCGGCGCACGGCGACGCGAGGAGCCCCAAGGGCACCGUCAGCAGCACGAACCCCGUGAUGGGGGGCGCAGACGCUGCGCUGCUGGGAGGCAGGCAGGAGGGCGCUACGGGUGGUGGCCGUGGGCCCAAAGUGCCGCUCACUGCGAUGAGGGGAGCAAACACGGUGUAUCUCAGAAAGAACGUGCUGGACUUUCUUCAUGACAUGUACGGCACAAAGCCGUUCCAGGACCCCGUCGCCCCCACGAAUGCCGCUGCUACUGAGCCCCAGAAGCUCUGGUGGAUGCGGGCGUUGGCGCCGACCUCAGGUAGCACGAGUAAAGGGGCCCCGACGGUGCCGGAACGCGUGCCGCUGCGAAGGGUCAGCUCACACCAAGGAAGCAUGCCCGGCCGAGAUCCUUCCCAGCCGCGUGCCUCCGGCAGAUUGUGCGCCUCAGAGGAUCAGCUGGAAACGCUGGUGGAUCAUAUUCUUCAAGGUUACAUGCACACGCGUGGGAGGUCUAAGGGCCCGGCGCCGGCGCUACUCAAUAGGCCCGAGGCGAGUGAUACCAUCUCUCAGUUUGUGAGCACUGCCCUGGACAAGCUUUUGGUGACGGAGGCCUCCUUCUCGCACUGCGAUGCAGCCUCCGCGCGUUCCUUUCUUUCCUUAGGCGUCGACCACAACUUUUCGAAGCUGGCGUCCUUCAACGCCCAAAGCCAAUUCUUCCAGGACGACGAGGAGAGCGAGCUGCUUGUGAAUCCGGCGUUUGAAGGAAACUUGGCGAUGUUCGCCCCUGUGACUUCGCAGGCUGCCAUCAGUGUGAGCGACUCGCUGCCGCCCAUUGAGGCCACGCGGCUCCCGUCGCCCUCUGCGGUUAGCCCGCGCCCCAUACGGCGGGGCCAAGUUCCACCGCCGGUCCCGGCCGGCGGCAAUCCACUUGAGGAUGUUUUCCAAACCCUUUCGCGACAGAUGUCACUUGACUCCGCCAAGGUGGAGCUAAAUUCCACCGACAGCUGGGAAGGACAGCAACGGCGAGGUCGACGAUGCGCUUUCGCCCAACGGCGAGGCGGGCAAUGGGCUGAAACGGAAAAAUUGUGCGCCGUCAAUUCCUGCCGGCGCCGCACGCGCGCGGCUCCAACCCUCGGGCGCCACAAAAUCGGCUGA